CGCGUGGCUGAGACCGGGCCGUGCCGAGCCGCACCAAGAGAAGCUCAGCGGAGGGCUCCCCUCAUGUGUACGUAGCGACCGAGCUGGGUAGCGGCCCUUUCCGGCAAAGUGACAAACCAUCGAGUGUAAUAUUUCCGUUAAUUUUUUUUUAUUCGUGAACGGUGGCACAUCAUUUCGGUACGAUAACGUGGAUAUAGAUGGAUGCCAAUGAAACUUUUUCACGGAGGUUGGUGCUGUUGUCCGCUUUGUUACUUUUUUCGUAGCUCUCUUUCACAUCAAAUUAAAUGCUUUUAGCACGAAAAACUUUGUUGCCACGCAUAAUAAAUUACGUUAGAGUUUUGUGUACCUCAUUUCAAUCUAUUCUAUGUGUGUGUUGUAAAUAUAAAACAAAGUGAUUUCAUUGUUAGUGUGCCUGUCGAUGUUUUUAGCGGCCAUGUCUGUUUUGCCUUGCACGACCGACCAAUCUUUUGUCUAGAGAAGAGCUUCAUAAUGUGACAGUACGCUUUUUUUUUUUUUUUUUUGUAAAAUGUGGUUAGGAACGCAUGGGAGACAAGAAAUGUUUACAGUGACAUGCAGUGAAAACGUGUUCAUUAUAUAAGUAGUGCUGUGUGAAAUUGCUCGCUUCAGAUUAACAGGAUAAAUAUUUAUUCCGAAAUUUAAAUAGUAUCGCUGUGUAGCUGCAGUUAGUGAUGUGUUACCAACUGGAUACUGGAUGUACCUAAAUGACAACUGUGCCUUGAAGUGACAAGGAUCGGCGCUUCAGUUUGCAGUGCACAAACUGCUUACGUCUGGAGCAUUUACCAGGCUUGAGCGGGACAUAUCAGUGAUUGCUGAUGCUGGAGACGGUGAUUGCUCAAGCUGAGGAUUAGCUUGUAAUCAGUGGGGGCUAAGAUGUCGGAGGGGCGCGGCCGACCACGGCCGAGGACUCCCUCUCUCGGCUCGCUCUGUGGAUGGCUGCCCCAAUGAGGAACGCCCCGCUGGACAGCGGCCACCGAGCGAAGGUGGCAGACCCGAGGGCGGCGGCAGUGGCGGCAGCGAAGGCGGAACCCGCGACCUCCAACAACUUCGAGUACGACGACAAUGAGUGGGACAUCGGGAUCGGCGAUCUGAUCAUCGACUUGGAUGCGGACAUAGAAAAGACAAACGAAAAGAACGGCGGCGCGGGUGCCGCGGGGGCGGUGGGUGCCGGGGGCGGCGGAAUGGCGUCGGCGACCGGCGGCGGAAAGGGCGGCAAGAUGGCGGUAGAGCACUCCGCCACCGUGGACAAGGGGCUCAAGAUGAAGAUCAAGAGGACCAAGCCCGGCACCAAGACCUCGGAGGCGAAGCACGAGAUCGUCAAGUCCGGGGAGUUGAACGGCGGUGAGGCGGCGAGCCCAGGGGCGGCAGACGGCGGCAAAGGCAAGCACCCGCUGCCCGCCGGCGGCGGGGGCGGCGGCUCUGCGGCAGUGAACAGUGGUGCGGGAGGCGGCGGCGGUGGGGGCGGUAGCAAGCGCGGGUCGAGCGGCCACCGUCGGGACAAGGCGAGGGACAAACACGGCGCGGACAAGGCUGCGGCCAAGCCUCCGUCAUCGCCCGGCUCCGCGCCCCCCGCCGCCCCCACGACGGCGUCGGUGGUGGUGGGGGCGGCGGCGGCGGCGGCGGCGGCGGUGCCGGCGCCGGUGUCGGUGACGGUCUCAGUGCCGGUGCCGGUUCCGGUUCCGGUGCCGGUGCAGCCGCCUGCGGUCGUUCCCGAUGUGAACGGCGUGGUGCGAACUCCAGUGUCGAGUGCGUUGUUGGGACAACCGGCACAGCAAACGCCGCCGACGGUGACGCAGGUGUCGCUGCAGCAGCAGUCUCCGCAGCAGACUGCGCAACAGACUGAACCUCUGCAGCAGCAGCAGCAGCAGCAGCAGCAGCAGCAGCAGCAGCAGCAGCAGCAGCGGCUCGUGUUCCCGGUGUCGUCGGGCCCCGGGCCGCCCAACGCGCCCGGCCCGCCCGCGGCGUCGCCCGUCAAGAUCGAGCCUCCCUCGACGCCCGAGCCGGCGCCGGACGCGGCCGUGCCGGAGGACGACCCGAGCGCCUCGCCGCCGGCCAAGAAGGCGAAGGUGGCGGAGCCCAAGGACAUGCUGGACGUGUGCGUGGGCACCAGCGUGGGCACCAUCACGGAGCCGGACUGCCUGGGGCCCUGUGAGCCGGGCACCAGCGUCACCCUCGAGGGCAUCGUGUGGCACGAGACGGAGGGCGGUGUUCUGGUGGUAAACGUAACCUGGCGAGGGAAGACAUACGUUGGGACUCUUCUGGACUGUACAAGGCACGACUGGGCUCCUCCCAGAUUCUGUGACUCGCCAACAAGUGACCUCGACGCUCGGUUACCGAAGGGUAGAGGCAAGCGUGGUCGAGCUGCAGCCAACUCGAGCCCGAGCAGCGAUCUCAGCAACUUUACAGAGACUCGAUCAUCUGUGCACAGCAAACUGCGCAAUGGUAGCGGCAAGGGACGGCGAGGUGGUUCGACAUCGGGUUCUCCAACACCAUUCGUGCCACCCCGCCCCGAACCUAGUGGCAAAAGAAAAGGCAGGACUCCAGAAGAUGAGGCACAGUCGCCUACCUCAAAUGGGAAGAAGAGUCGAUCUGCAAGCAAUCCACCAUCUUCGACGCCCAAUAGCAACAGCCCACCUUCCUCACCGAUACUUCUGGAAUGCCCCGAGCCAAACUGCUGCAAGAAGUACAAACACAUAAAUGGGCUGAAGUACCAUCAGUCACAUGCGCAUGGUUCAACAGAAGAUGAGGACACGAAAGAUGCAGCGAGCAUGUCCGAAAAUGACGAGAGCAACGUGGAAGCACCGAGUCCGGCCACGCCUGUUAAGUCGCCAGAGAAAGUGCCUGAGCCACCACCGACACAGCCGUCGACCCCGCAGGCACAGGCACCACAACCCAAGGAAAUUGUCACGCCCCCUCCUCCCCCCCAGCCAGUCGCAGCUGCUACGAGUCCUCCCUUGGUGCCUGUAGUGGUGCAGCAGCAGCAGUUACCAGAGCAGCUGCCGACUUGUCGACCAGCGACACCCAGUCCACCACCACCCCAACCAGCAGCUCUCCCUGUUCAGGUACAAACACCCACCAGCCUGCCACCACCAACACCGCCAGAGAUGAUGCCACCGGGACCUCUACCCAGCCCAGAGACUAAGACUGUCGUCAAGCCUGGUGUGUUGCGGUAUGGGCCACCGGUGGAGGACUACUCUACAAACAGCAUGUAUUGCACGAACAAACCGGUAUUGACACCGCUGCCGGCUGCAGUCGUGAGCACGUGCUCUCCGGUCUCGACCAUCCGGACGGUCAACGUUGCUGUAGCCUCGAGUCAGCCUCCUCAGCAGCUGUCGCCUCAACCCUCUUCAGUCCCGGUCCAGCCUGCGCCGACAGUGCCCCAGCUACAGCCGAUGCCACUGCCACUUCUACAACUACCACAAGCUGCGAAAGCUCCUCCUCCUCAGUUCAAAGUGAAGCCAACUGCAGCACUCAUGCCAGAUGAUAAGAAGGAACGUAGUAAACUGUCCAGCCAUAAGAAGAAGAACAGAAAGAGUCCUGCAGGUAGCCCCCAUCCUCAGCCGGAGCAGCCAGCAUUUGGACUGGAUGCUACUGGCCGAGAUGAUGUUCAGUCUCCUGCAUACUCUGACAUUUCUGAUGAUGCCGCUCCUGUCCUCGACUCGGAAAUGGGUGACGGCAAAGGAAAGGCACCCGGCGUGGAUAAGAAAAGUGAAGUAGGGCAGGGACCAUCACCACACACCAUGCCUCAUUAUGGAAUGUACCCGUUUCAUUACGGGCAACCUCCGUAUUUGGUGCCUUCUGUUCCGCAGCAUGAUGGAAAACCAAAGGAAGCUUGUGAGAAGGUAUCAGAUGGAAAGCUUGGUGACAAAGAUAAGAAAGAAACAAGUGGAGAAUAUUCCCAGAAACUUCUUCAGCAGCAUUACUACCCAUAUGGGUAUGUUUCAGGUUACCCUUACAAUUUGGAACCUAGUUAUCCAGUGACUGUGGUGCCUUCUGAUGAGAAAAAUAAAGAUCAUAUGGGCAAAGAUGACAAGAGUCCAAGUCCAAUUGAUCAGCACAUGAAACCUAUGCCACAUAUUCCAAGUCCUAUCCAAGUACCGAAUCCUUCAAAGGUAAAAACAGAACCAGGACUUGGUAUGAAAGAGAAACAUCAAAAUGAAAACCAUCAGAUCUUGAAGGAAAGCAUAGAGAUGAAAAGUCAGAUGAGUUCAUACAUGUAUUCUCGACAACAGCAGCAGCAUCAGCAUCAGCAUCAGCAGCAACAGCAAGAGGACUUGCGGCAUUAUUAUUUGUACCCAGAGCAGCAACGGCGUAAAGAGUCGCAAGGAGUCGUGGAGCAGGUACAGAAACCUCUCUCUAUUCCUUCUAAACCAACACUGCCUAGUCCAAGUCAUAAACAUAAAGAUAAGCUCCAGGAGUGCAAGAAAGAAGAGAAACUCGUUAAACAGGAAGGUGUGAAGCCUACGAUGGAGACACAAGGUCCGCCACCUCCCCCAACAUCGCAGUACGCCUACAUCCACCCCAGCUACAUGCAGUCACCACAUUACGGUGCUCUGCCAUUCGACCCUAGCCACCCCAUGUACCGCAGCAUAAAUCCAAUGCUGGUGCCAGGUCCGUACGGUGCCAACCCAUACCUCCACCCUCAGCUGCCCAGGUAUCAUGCACCCGAAGAUCUCUCGAGACCACCAUCGGGACCCACGAAGGCACUGGAUUUGCUGCAGCAUCAUGCUAGCCAGUACUACUCCAACCACAAAAUACAUGAACUGCAGGAAAGGGCACUGAAGUCUCCGACUCCGAAGGCCGCGACGGCCAGUGCAUCUCCGUCUGGCGUGGUGGGUGGCUCCAAUAUGACGGGUGCUCCGGGCCCUGUCGGACCCCAGGGCCAUUCCCCGGUGGUGCAGAGCGGUCCGACCGCAAUCCCCUCCUCGGGCAAGCAGCAGUCGCAAGUCAUCGCAGGGGACGGCAAGGAAGCUAGGUCGCCCCCGCCGCAACGACACGUACACACGCACCAUCACACCCACGUGGGCUUGGGCUAUCCCAUUCUGGCAAGCCAGUAUCCCGCCCCAUAUGGAGAAUGUUGAGGGGCACGAGGCGUACGGGCUCGAUGGCUAUCGGUGCAGGUGUGGCUAAUGGAGCUCUUUCUUGGUUGCAGCUGCUGUGCUUGCCACUCAGCAGGCCGCGGCCGUUGCUGCCUCGGUCAUCAACCCUUACCCACCGAAAUGAACUGAUGUGUGUGCGCUAUUUCACAGCGAUGGAAGCGAACAGGAGCGAUCUCGUUUCAUACACUCUCCUCGUGAAUUUCAGUUUUCGAUGUGGCAUGUAUUUUUGUGAUAUAUAUAUAUUGACAGUUUAGUGCUUAUUUUAUUUUCUCGGUUCAAAGAGAAAAUUAUGUGCACGUGUGUAACGAAGAAUCAGCUCACGUAAUGAGUUGCCCUCGGUCAUCUUUAUCCUGGAUACCAUAGCUAUUAGCGUUGUUAGAUGGUGUGCUUGAAGUAAAACGAACCAUUCCAAGAGCAACUCUCGCAAUCGUCAGGUGAAUCUCUGCUUGCCCAAGUCAUUUUUAUGGAAAUAUUUGUGGAAUAUGACACGAGAAAGUUGGUUCAGUGUUUUUAAAAAAAUUUUUAUUGUAACAUUGUAGAAAAAUUAUUUUAUGUAUAUAUUGUAAAAUAUGAUUUAUAUUGUCUCAUUUUGUAGGGAAAAAAAAAGGAUUUUAAAAAGUAUCGCUUAAUAUCAUUAAUUUUUUUUUGUAUUUCGAACUGUUUUUCAAUUCUGUUUGAAAAACACAUAUUUUAUUAGCUGCCUUGUACAAUUACUGAAUUGGUUUGUAUCUGUCAAAAUAUAUAAAAAGCCAAAAUUUAUCCGUUCCAGUUUUAUUGGGAUGAGAUGUACAGAAAUUUAAGAAAAAUAAAAUUAUAUUAUUAUAUAGAAAAAAAAGAAAGAUAGCUGUACCUAAUACUAUACAUGCUUAGAGGAAUAAGAUUGAUUGGAAAAUACAACUGAAUGUUUUUCCUUCCCUCCCUUAUCAUCAGCAUUAUUGGCAGACCUUUAUUCUGGUGAUAUGUGACUGGUUGUUAUUAACAUAUUACUGCUAGACUGCAGCCUGUACACUCAAAUCAUAUUUCUGAUUAAAAUCACAAAUUGCUA